CGGCGUUCACUGGUACGGCAUCAGCUGCGACGGCGUCCGUUGGUACGGCAUCAGCAGCGACGGCGUCAGCCGCCUUCUCGUCCACUUGUACGGCAUCAGCCGCCUCGACGCCCGCUGGUGCGGCAUCAGCUGACACUGCAUCGGCUGGUACGGCAUUACCUGCAACAAUUUCAACUUGUACGGCAUCAGCUGCCACCGGGCCCAUCACCGGACCCACGUCUGCGGGUACAUCAGCUGCCACAAUGUCCGCUGGUACGGCACCAGCUGCGACGACAUGUGAUGAUACGGCAUCAGGUACGGCGGCUUCCGCCGAUACGGCAUCAGCUUCUACGGCACUAA